AUGACUGGCACACCUCCUCCUCCACAUCAUCAAAUAUUAGCUGGCACAUCUGGUCCUCCACAUUAUCAAACGUUUGCUGCCGCAACUGGUCCUCCACAUCAUCAAACAUUUGCUGGCAUAUCUUAUCAAACAUUAGCUGGUGAACCACAAAAUGCUCCAGCUCCGCCACUCCCACAUUUUGUACCUGAACAACAACAGCCAGUUCGCCCAGCAAAUGAUGGUCCCCAACCAGCAUCAUCAAGCGUUCGUUUUAUUGAACGCCUUGCACC